AUGAAACUGUCCGCGAUGAUCAAGAAGAUGUGCCCGAGCGACUCGGAGCUGAGGAUCCCGGCCAAGAACUGCUACCGCAUGGUGGUCCUCGGCUCGUCCAAGGUGGGCAAGACGGCCAUCGUGUCGCGCUUCCUGACGGGCCGCUUCGAGGACGCCUACACGCCCACCAUCGAGGACUUCCACCGCAAGUUCUACUGCAUCCGCGGCGAGAUCUACCAGCUGGACAUCCUCGACACGUCCGGCAACCACCCGUUCCCCGCCAUGCGGCGCCUCUCCAUCCUUACCGGAGACGUGUUCAUCCUGGUGUUCAGCCUGGACAACCGCGACUCCUUCGAGGAGGUGCGGAGGCUCAAGCGGCAGAUUCUCGACACCAAGUCGUGCCUCAAGAACAAGACCAAGGAGGACGUGGACGUGCCCCUGGUCAUCUGUGGCAACAAGGGGGACCGCGACUUCCACCGCCAGGUCGAGCCGCGCGAGAUCCAUCAGCUGGUGGGCGCCGACCCCCUGCGCUGCGCCUACUUCGAGAUCUCGGCCAAGAGAAACAGCAGCCUGGACCAGAUGUUCCACGCGCUCUUUACCAUGGCCAACCUGCCGCGUGAGAUGAGCCCGGACCUGCACCGCCGCGUGUCGGCGCAGCACUGCGAGGCGCUGCACCAGAAGGCGCUGCAGGGCAAGAGGCUGCGGCGAGCGGGCGGCGACCGCGACGACGCCUUGGGCAUCCUGGCGCCCUGGGCGCGCAGGCCGAGCGUGCACAGCGACCUCACGUACAUACGCGAGAAGGCCAGCGGCGGCGGCCAGGCCAAGGACAAGGAGCGCUGCGUCAUCAGCUAG